CGCGUUAUGGGGGGUCACCCAUUUAACAGAUACACCUCCUACAUGGCUGACGAAGCCUAGCACGUCUGUAGGACGCUCCUCGGCAGCCUCCAUUUGGGUGCUUUCAAAGACGCCAGGCCGCCAACCGGGGCGGGCUGGCGGCAGGAAGCGGCGGGGCCGGGCCGAGCCCACGCCCGCCCUCGGCGGCCGGGGACCCGCAGGCGGUUCUGGGUGCAGGCAAUAUGAAUGACUGGCAAAAGAAAAGCCCUCUAGACUGGGAAACAUACGUGAACAAAAGGGUGAAAGUUGCAGCAGCUGAGAAAAAUGAAUAUGAAGGAUGGGUCUUAACAGUUGAUCCAGUUUCUGCCAAUGUUGUCCUGGCAAACUUCCCAGAGAAUGAAAGAGUGUCCAUUCUAGUUGUGCUGGGCCACGCUGUGCAGGAGGUCGACGUCCUGCAGGAAGCGGACGAUGAAAUGAAGGCACGGCUUUCUUGCAUAUUUGCACCCGAGGAAAGCAAAGCUUACAGCCCGGAGGAGCUCGACAAGAGGAAGAAUGACCUGAAGAGCUGGCUGGAAGCAAACCACAUCCCUGUGACUGAGCAAGGAGAAUCGGGCAGAACGCUGUGUGUGGCAGGGGUGCUGACCGUUGACCCGCCGUACGGCCCAGAAGAGUGCAGCAGCUCCAACGAGAUCAUCCUGUCCCGCGUUCAGGGCUUGAUACAGGGCUACCUGGAAAAGAGACAGUGAGGUUUGCUGCCUCCAGCACCGGCCUUCGGGAACGGGUCUGCCUCCCCUGUCAGGGACUGUUCUGGGGGUCAGUACGCCUACAUCCAGAAGUGCUGCGUGUUGGGGCUUCUGUCUGAAUUCCUGUACGUUAAGGAAGGAGUAAAUUGUGUAAAAAGGAGUAAAAAGUGUAAAGUACAAGCAGAAAACAUUUUGCAUGAACUAUUUUUUUUUGUUAAAAAACAGGUAAUAAUGCGUUAUUAAACUGAAAUAUCACUAUACUUCUGUAACAGUAUUAUGAAAGAAAAUAUCAGAAAUCUAAACUUUC